AGCAGCGGUGAUGGACUCGACGAACAGGCUGCCCACAGGAUCGCCGGCGCUGUCCCGGCGUGCCCCGUGGGCUGAGACGGCCGGGAGCCGCAGGCCGGAAGCGCGGCCGCCGCCACCUUAGCUGCGGGCAGACGCCGCGCUGCCGCCAUCACAGCUGCGGGCAGGUUUUUCGCUACCGGGAGCGCGGCCGUGGCGGACCCGCCGCGCCCCGGAGCCCCGGGCAUGCCGGCCGUGCUGUGGGGCACGAUCGGUCCGCGCUUCGCCCUGGGGCAGCGGGGACUGGCUCGGUGAGCGGGCUGCCCGCGCCGUCGAGCCCCGCCCCGGGGCUGGUGCCGCCCCUGUCCCGGCGUGCCCCGCCGGCGGCGAUGGCGGAGGGCGGCGGUGGCAGCGGCCGGGGGCCGCCGUGCCCCGGCGCGGCCUCGGCGUUCCGGCGCUGGGAGCAGCUGCGGCGGCGGGCUGCGACGCCCUGGGCCCGCGGGCUGCUGGCCGCGGCCGCGGGGCUCGGGCUCCUGUACGCGGCGCUGCGGGUGCCGGUGCGGCUGCGGGACGGCCUGGCGGCCGUGACCAUGUUCUUAAGCACUUUGACUCCAAAAUUCUACUUUGCCCUUACAGUAACUUCAUCUUUUAUAUCUGGACUGAUAUUUGUGUUUGAGUGGUGGCACUUCCGAAAAUACGGCACAUCGUUCAUCGAGCAGGUUUCUGUGAGCCACUUGAGGCCCCUCAUCGGGGGUGCAGACAGCAGCCCCCCAGCCCCAGCAGCUUUCUCGGUGGGGGAGAGUGAGACCAGCAGGCAGAACAUGCCAGAGUGCAAAGUGUGGCGAAAUCCUCUCAAUCUUUUCAGAGGGGCAGAGUAUAGCAGGUACAUGUGGGUGACUGGCAAGGAGCCUCUUACUUACUAUGACAUGAAUUUGUCUGCUCAGGAUCAUCAGACCUUUUUCACGUGUGACACGGAUGCCCUCCGGCCUUCAGACACAGUUAUGCAGAAAGCGUGGCGAGAGAGGAACCCGCAGGCCCGGAUCAAAGCAGCCUACCAAGCUCUGGAGUUGAACAAUGAUUGUGCUACUGCAUAUGUCCUCCUGGCUGAGGAAGAGGCAACAACUAUUGUGGAUGCUGAGAAAUAUUUCAAGCAGGCUCUGAAAGCAGGAGAAAUGAUUUACAGAAGAUCUCAGAACUGCCAUUCCCAGAGCCCCCAGCACGAAGCACAGCUGAGAAGAGACACCAAUGUGUUGGUGUAUGUAAAAAGGAGACUGGCUAUGUGUGCCAGGAAACUGGGAAGAAUACGAGAAGCAGUAAAAAUGAUGAGAGAUUUGAUGAAAGAGUUUCCACUUCUCAGUAUGCUGAAUAUCCAUGAAAACCUCCUGGAGGCCCUUCUGGAGUUACAGGCUUAUGCAGAUGUCCAGGCAGUUCUAGCCAAGUAUGAUGAUAUCAGUCUUCCCAAAUCAGCAGCAAUAUGUUACACAGCAGCUCUGCUAAAAGCCAGAGCUGUUUCAGAAAGGUUCUCCCCAGAAACUGCCUCCAAGAGAGGACUUAGUACAGCAGAAAUUAAUGCUGUGGAAGCAAUUCACAGAGCUGUGGAAUUUAACCCUCAUGUUCCAAAGUAUUUACUGGAAAUGAAAAGCCUAGUGCUGCCUCCAGAGCACAUUCUGAAGCGAGGGGACAGUGAGGCAGUAGCAUAUGCUUUUUUUCACCUCCAGCACUGGAAGAGGAUAGAAGGGGCUCUAAAUCUGCUGCACUGCACAUGGGAAGGCACAUUUAGGAUGAUCCCAUACCCAUUAGAGAAAGGACAUCUUUUCUAUCCCUACCCGAGCUGCACAGAAACAGCAGACAGAGAACUGUUGCCAACAUUUCACGAAGUCUCCGUUUACCCCCAGAAGGAACUUCCCUUUUUCAUCCAUUUCACAGCAGGCCUGUGUUCCUUUUCAGCCAUGCUGGCCCUUCUUACCCACCAGUUCCCUGAGCUGAUGGUCAUUUUUGCAAAAGCUGUGCUGCGCGUGCUGUGGCCAGCGAGUGCCCCCAGCGUGCUGGCCUCCAGCUGAACGACUGUGCCAGGGUUCUUUGGGACUCUUCUUUCACCCCUCAUCUUCACAAUGGAACACACUGAGGACCUGCUGCUGUCCAGCCCUGGCACCAGCUGACUGGCGUGUAUUUUCCAUGAUAGUUUGAGUUUAUUCUUACAAGCCUCACUUGGUGGUUGGCUGACCCCCAGCUGGGGGAACCAAGGAAGAAAUCUGGGCUCUUCAAACUGAUAUCCUUGACUAGCUUCCAUGCUGAUGGUGCUUAACAUGUGAAUUUCUUCUUUGGCCUUAAUCUGUAAUCAUCGAAGAAAACAGUUCUUGUUGAGCAAUAGUUUAUUGCUCUCUAAAUCACUUGGACAACUGGAAGCUCAAACUUCCUCUGCAAGAAAGGAGAAUACACAAACUGAGCAGGUGUUUGGAGUACUGAUGCUUCCUUCUCAGCUGCAGAUGCACCAGAUACUUGGCUUAGAUUUAAUUUCAUAAGCCUUUUUCAAAAUAUUUGUUAACAGCAAAGUAUGGUUCUGCUUUCUUUAUUAAAAGAUUGCUACUUAACACAUUGAAUUUGUUGACUUCUUAAGUGUCUGUUAAAUAUAGAUUACAAUGUGCAAACAAAGAUUUGUUUCCUCUCUAUCUUAUGAGCUUGCAUUACUCAAGGAGAUGGUGAACUCCUCUGUUUCACAUUACUUCUUUAGAUUUAAUUGUGCAUCUUUUAUUCUUCAAGACACGGCACUUUGAAAGACAAGGAUGGCUUCUGAAACUGCCCACAGUGUUGUGAUAUCUGCAGGGGAGUCUCUUGGGAGACCUGGACCUUCACGUGUUAGUCCAAAGUGGUUUCACUGUUGUUAUGAAGACUUGGAGGGAAUAGAGAUGUGGACAGCUCUUCAAAGGAUUUGCUUCACAAACAGACCAGCCCUGAGGGUUUGUUUACUGCAAAAGAUGGCUGUGGCAGGUUUGAGGUAAUUGGUGUGACUUCCAUUCCACUCUCCUCUUAGAGCAGAAGUCUUUUUCCCACGCAGGUCUGCUGCCUGGCAUCGGGGAGGCAGAGUCAUGUCAGCCCAGGCUCCUUAGAAGGGGAAGUGAUCGUAGCACAGGCUUGUGGAUAAUGCUAAUUCUGAGCACGUGACAACCCAUCAUCUUGCUUUUUACAGAUAAACACAUAUACUUACCAAUAAGAACUGGGCAGAUUUUACACAUUUGAGCUCCAGUAUCUUUGUGGAUGUUAGUGACAUUGAUGGCUUUUUCCAAAGGUGGUGUAAAUUAAUCCAGUUUCUGAAUCCUGGAUGGAGGAAGCUUGCUGGCCUACAGUAUUCUCUGAAAUAAUCUCUAUGUCAGUCAAUUGCAAGUCAUUUGAAUUGACUUAAAAUACCUCCUCACACCCAAGAUCAAGAAUUAAUUAUUUUUCUUUUUGCCUAUUUUCAAAUCAUUCUUUACCUUGUAAACCAAGUUCUGUGACGCAGAAAGUCACCUCUGCAUCUCGUGAGUGAGGUUUAUUUGUAACUCUGAAAGGAAGCAUACUUGCUUAGGUAGAAAUGCCAUUGGUCGCUCUCUACUGAAACAUAUUUAUGUAUAUUGUUGAAACAUAUUUAUGUAUAUUUCUCGACCUAAAUCCAGGUUCACUAUUUGAAAUCAUCAAGGAAUCAAAAGGGAAGCCCUACAGAAAGAUACUACCAGUGUUUUUAGAGUUACCUAACUACUAGAAUGUAAUUUUCUCAACUUUCUUUCCAGUUGGUCACUGGGGCUGUUUCUCACCUUGGAAUCACUGUGGUGAUUAAUAGGCCUGUUGUGUUCAUGUGAUUUCACUUCGUGGUCUGCAGGGGCCCAUAAGGUAACCAGCCUAAUGCUUUUUAAAGUUGAACCUUUUCCAGCAGUUGUGUGGGGUUAUAAAUGAAGCUCUGCCUCCCAUGUAUCAUCCCAAGAGCUGCUUUCUCUCACUGUCCUCCCUUGACAUAACAGUAACAGAAAGGGGAUGGGCUUGUUCUGAAAGGAGAGCUGGCAGCAGGCUGUGUAAUGAAAAUCUUCCUGUGGCUAGAAGUGCCAGCAAUUCUCGAGGAAGGAGUGCUCUCCAUACAGGAUUGUCCAUGUUUUUGGGAAGUGUUCCUUUGCUGCUCGGGAGCAGAGACUUACACCUGACCCAUACCUGAGUAAUGCCACAUCAAUUGUGUGUGUGUAUGUAUACACAUAUACAUUUAUAUGUGUAUAUACAUUAAAAAUUACGGUUAUUACUCAGGACAAGAUGAACAUUGAUGUAACUUCUUUGAAACAAGAGCUGUGGUGACUGUACAGCCAUUGGGAUGGCAGUAGCUUUCCACAAGGCUUCAUGUGAGAGGUGAGGCAGUUCAGACUAAUAAAUACUUCAGGGUAACAAGGUCUGUUCAUUGCAGCCCUAGUUCAUGUGGGCCAUAAAUCACAUCAGAAUUCUGGGGAGUAAUCUCUGACAAGAUAUUUACUAUGCUGGGAGCCCUUCAUUUUUGAAAUUUGGAAUAGAUGUCUGUUAGUAGCUUUUAUGUGUCUAUGUCUGUGGCAGAAGGACUUUUCAUGCUGUCAGACACCUUGGUCCCUGAGGUUAUGGGGACAAAUUCGUAUGGAGAUGGCUCGGGGUGGUUCUCCAUCCAGAUUUGUCACAGGCCAGUUCCCUUCCUGCAUCCCUCCAGCACUGGCUAGGCAAGUUUAUUCCCUGCUCCUCAUCCUGGAAUUGUUGUGAGGGUGCCAAGCCUCAUAGAUCCAUGACUCUGAGCAAGGCAGAGUGUAAAGGUCAUAGUUGAGACCAUUAAUAACAAGGUGCAAACGGCUGGUUUAUAUGUAAUGUGAGGCUUUUUACUUAUUUCAUUUUUGCACUUUGGGGGCUCUGUUUGCUUAUGGAGCACUUGGUGUCUGGUACCUAUUUAGCCUGAGAGCAGGCAAUUGGGUUCCUUCAGGCCUUCAGAGGAAUGCAGAAAAUUGUUCUCUGGUGUUGUAAUUCUGCUGGGAUAACUGGAGCUUAUUUGUCUCACUGCUUAUUAAAUGCAUACUUGUCUAGAGGUCCUCUUUUUUUUUUUUUCUUUUUCUCUUUUUUUUU